AUGGAGGCGGUGGGUCCAGCAGGAAGUGCCAGCGUUGCCACCAGCACCACCCAAGAAGAACAACAGCACAGUGAGGGGCAGGGCGAUGACUUGUUCAGGGAGAGGGGCCAGGUGUUCUACUACCCGUGGUACGACAACCCUGAGCACAACAAGGACAAGGCGUACCUGCACUGGAACCACGAUGUGCUGGCCAACCCCUACCAGCAGGGCUCGGUCAACGGCGACCCCUACAUCGGAGCCAAUUUCUAUCCACAGCUGGGCUGCUACUCGUCCAUCGACCGGGCCGUGAUUCGACAACACAUGGCGAUGAUCCGCAAAGCCGGACUGGGCGUAAUCACGGUGAGCUGGUACCCGCCGGCCUAUUCGGACGGCCAGAUCCAAUCGAAUCCGGGCUUCUCCGAUUCCACACUCACCUCCCUCCUGGACAUCGCCCACGAGCACGGAGUCAAAGUGAAUCUGCACAUCGAACCCUACAAGGACCGGUCGGAGAAGAGCGUGGCAGGCGACAUUCGCUACGUCAUAGUACGGCGAGCAUCCGGCCUUCUACCGCACCACAGGACCAAGCUUCCCAUGUUUUACGUGUACGAUAGCUACCUCACGGAAUACAGGAAGUGGGCCAAGGUGUUGGGCAGCCCGUCCGAGCAUCCCGAUUCCAUACGGGGCACCAAAUACGACGCGAUGGUGAUCGCCCUCUUCGUCGGUGCCGAGGACUAUCAGCGAAUUCCUCAGGGCCGCUUUGAUGGUGUCUACACGUACUUCGCGACCAACGGCUUCACCCACGGGUCCACCACCGCCAACUGGGCUCGUCUCGCCUCGUGGGCCGAGCAGCACGGCAUGAUCUUCAUCCCUUCGAUCGGCCCCGGCUACGAGGACACACGCAUCCGACCAUGGAACGCCAAGAACUCGCGGUCGAGGGAGGAGGGCAAGUACUACGAGCGGAUGAUGAGUGCUGCGUUCAACCUCGACAAGGUGCCCGAAGUCAUCUCCAUUACCUCAUGGAACGAAUGGCACGAGGGCACGCAAAUCGAGCCGGCGGUGGCGAAGGUGGUGAAGGCGGUGGACGGGCAGUGGCCGGAGUACGCGUACAUGGACUACGCACCGCACGAGCCCGACCACUACCUCUCGCUGACCCACCAGUGGAUGGCCAAGUUCGCCGCCAAGUGGCGCUCCGUCCGAUCGGUGUAA